GUUACUUAAAAAAAUUUUCUAGACCAAAGGGAAUGUAGCAGACUGCGAGUUUAAGUACAAACACUUGGGUUAAAAGCAAAUGUGUUAUAAUAAUGCUCUUACUUGACACAACUAUAUUGAGAACUUGAAUGGAGCAACACUAUAUAUAACCAUACAUGGGGUUUGAUUUAGCCAUGAAAAGCAACAGAGAGAAAUCUAAAUUGAGUGUUAGCAAUGGCAUCAUCUGAGAAGGAGCUCGCAGAAACUGAUAUCAAUGAAAUGUUGGUGAUCCGAACUCAUUUCAUGAGCAAUUUGCCAGCUAAUGAUGGGGGCCACUCUGUAAACAUGACGGUAGAUGCAUCUGGAACACAGAGAACCUUUGAAUACCAUACCUGGAGGGAGGGCAACCAGAGGCCAUUUUUAGAACAGGGUGAUGCAACUAUGUAGGCAACAAGGGGCUGAGGGUCAGAGACGAAAUCAUAUUUCAGUGCAUAGAUGGGUUACUGCACUACAAGAUUUGUGCUCAAAGAAAAAUUUCUUUGUUUAGGAAGGAGAUGUAGGGAGACAUCUAAAGUGUUUCAGCAAUGCAUCCUAUGUUGUUGUGAGUCUAAAUAAAGAACCAAUGCUUUUUAGUUCACAGUUUAGGUUUUGUUCUCUGUUGCUGUACUUGUGUCCUUGAAGUUAAGAAUGUUCAUGUAAUCUUUACCUUUUCUACGUGUGCAUGUUACCAUGCUCUAAUCUUUUCGUUUCUUCUUGCUCUUUUUGAUCAUAUAAUCUAAGAAACUGAGAAAGUGCCA